UCCGCAAUCGUCUUCAUCUGUACCUAAACAACAUGUCAAAUCAGCAAAUUGUGCAAGCGAAAGGUAUCUAUCAUGGGCUGCCAGUCUUCCCUUCUUCGGUAAAGGGUCUCACGGCUAUCAUCACUGGUGCAAAUGGAAUCUCAGGGAACUACAUGUUACAAGUACUUGCAGAGGCCCCAGAGCGCUGGAAUAAGAUUUAUUGCUUGUCUCGACGCCCGCCAGCGAUACCAGAUGGGUUACCCCCUCAAGCCGAGCACAUCGCCCUCGAUUUCCUCAGUGAGCCACGAGAGAUUGCCAAAGUACUGAAAGAGAAGGGGGUUAGAGCCGACUAUGUGUUCUUCUACAGCUAUGUGCAGGUCAAGCCAAAAGAUGGCGGGGGACUUUGGAGUGAUGCGGAGGAAAUGUGCAAAGUGAACACGGCUCUUCUUCGCAAUUUUUGUUCGGCUCUACCUCUAGCAUCCAUCGCACCUAAGCGUAUCAUGCUGCAAACCGGCGCCAAAAACUACGGCGUCCAUCUGGGCCCCUCCGCUACUCCGCAGGAAGAGACUGCGCCUCGCGUUAUGCUUGAGCCCAAUUUCUACUACCCACAAGAGGACUUUCUUUGGUCCUUUUGUACCGAACACGGAAUCGAUUGGAACGUAUGUAUGCCAGCAGGCAUCUUGGGUGCCGUACCAGACGCAGCAAUGAAUCUUGUAUUUCCGUUGGGCGUGUACGCAAGUGUGCAGAAGCACUUAGGUGAAAAACUCGAAUUUCCUUGCGACCUCCAGGCCUGGGAAGCCAACCGAUGUAUGAGUAGUAGCAAGAUGAAUGGCUACAUGGAAGAGUGGGCGGUGCUGACUGAAGAGGCAAAGAACGAAAAAUUCAAUACCAUGGAUGGAACCACGUUCACAUGGGGAAACCACUGGCCAAAGCUUGCCAAAAGCUUUGGGAUCGAAUAUGAACGACCGAGCAUGGAUGAUAGUGUAUACACAAUUGUCAGAAGCAAACACGACCCACCACCUCGAGGCUUCGGCCCGCCAGGAACAUAUCGAAUUCGGUUCAGACUCGUUGACUGGGCUAGGCAAGGUAAGGUACAAAAAGCAUGGGCCGAGCUUACAGCAAAGCACGGUCUCUCUGGUGGAAAGUUACAGGACAUGGACAUCGAUCGAAUCUUUGGUUUCACGGACGGGAGCCUGAUGGGCACCUCGCUUGACCUUACAAUGAACAAAGCAAGGAAGAUGGGAUGGCACGGGGUUGUUGACUCAAAUGACGCGAUCCUUGAAGUGCUCGCAGAUUUUGUGAAAUUGAAGAUGCUACCACCUCUACUGGAGUAGCUGGAACAAGAAGACUCGACGCAUACAAUAGAUGAGAGUAAUUGAAAUCACGAAACAGACAGAUAGUUUUCUCUAUGUACCAAUCUGCCUCGCUCGAUGUCUUGCACCUGGGAACUGUAGACUGCACUGCGCAGACCGUAAAGCACGAUGACUGUAGA